UCAAAAUGUAAUUAGAGAUAUCUUAAAUCACUGAAACGUCUAUUCAUAAAACAAUUUGAGAUAUCUGGAAUGUAAGGGCCAUAAAACCGAAUUUAUGUUAAAACUGCUUGCCAUAUUUUGAUAUCCUUUGCCAUGUACACUGAAAAACUGUGAUCAGGAUUAAUUAAUAUUUACUAAAUAAAUAAGAGCAAACUAUACAUAAUAAAAAAGACUUUGUGCAGUUUGGAAUCUCACUGAGCUGAAUUAACCAAAUUUGAUUACUUUUUUAAUUGCAUUUUACUCUGUAUUAUUUUAAAUAAAAUCAGCAGAAAAACAAUAAGUAGAAUUUAUUUAUUUUCAUUGGUAAAGUCAAAAGUGCAGAAAAUUGAUACAUUUUACUCAUUGGGAGCCCUUAAUUUUUCCCGCCCAAGGCAUUUUCAUCACAGGAACAUCGAGUCUGCUUGGCAUUUCAUGGACUACCGUUUGCUUAAAGGUAAGACAUGUUUUAAUUGUUCUUAGUUAAACAAUUCAAGUGUCUGUAGCAGUUAAACAUUGUCUUCUGUUACUGCAAAUUACCAAACAUGACAACUUUACUGUACAGCAAGUCAAUUAAGUUAUAGUGUGAAGGAUUCGAAUUCAGUCUACGUCGUCUUUGAUUUGACUAAAUGCAUUGCAAUGAUUGAAAAAGUAGUCUCAAUGUCACAAUUUAAUGUGACUAACGUAAUACCGUUAUAUAGUGGCCGUAGAAUACAAGCUACUCUUUUAUUUAAUUUAGUUUUUUGGCCUCAGCCCAAACCCCCCUCCCCCACCUUAACAAGCUAGCUAGCAUGUUUGGGCACCAUAAUGGCGGAACAGACGUUGUUUUCAACGGUGAGAAGGCUAAUCAACUUAGGAGUUUCGUUUAAAGUUACUGCAUUUAGUUUUUACAAUUAAAAUGUACUCAAGUUAAAAGCAGAUUCAGUUUUUAUAACGUUACACAUUUCGGAAGAAAAAUCUGCCGUUUUGCAUUGAGACAAAGUGCGCUGUUUCUUUUUUCUUCUUUUAAUUUGGCGUUAUUUUCAUCGAACGUCUAUUGUGUUUUGAGCACAAUGGCUGGUGUUUUGCUAAACCCAAGUUCACCGGCUCUCACUGAGGCUCUCCAUUAACGUUACGUUAGUUACAUCCAGAUGGCACAAACGGCUUCCUCGUUUUUUUCUGUUUUCUCGGAAAAACGUUAUGCUUUCAAACUGUGGUUGCAGCUCACACUGACAGAUAAACAGUUACAGUGAGAUGCGUCUGUGAAUGUUGGGUUGAAAUCAGUACGUAGAGCUGCGUACUGACUGAUCUGCCACAGAGCGAAUCCAGGAUGAGUUUCACAGAAUCACAAUGGUGCAUCUUGAAUCAAAGUUCAUGUCCAAACUGGAUGAAUAUACUCCUCGACUUCUGAACCUCUUCCACUCCAAGGGCGGAAGCAUGGGAUUGAGACUGCAGGCUAUCCUACUCAAGACUCCAAGCAAUCCUGACAUCAACAUGACCAGAGAUGUUAUCAUUCGAUGUUUGAUGCUGUACCUUGGGGAAUCUACAGAUCAACUCUUAAAAGAGUACGAUGAUGCUGAUGAAGACAGUGUGUCACAGGACCUUGCUGUUGAAAACCUGAAGAUCUACAACAUCAAAGCUAACACGUCAGAGGAUCCAGACAUCGGUAUCGUGGUGGACGGCGUGAAAAUUCUAACUGCUCUGGGUAACUUUCCAAGGGCUUGUUCCCUGCUUGUUGGGUUGGCGAAUGCUGUGAAUCUUGCCUAUCCAAAGAAGCUCAGAUACACAUUUGAAGUGUUUCAGAAACUCUCUCACAUCUUGUCAUGUUUUCCCCAGGCAAGUUUUAUGUGCAUACUUGUUUUGUGCUCUGCAUGCCUCUUAAACAUAAAGGGAACUCUUAUGUGAUUGAUAAAUUGUUGAAGCAAGCUUAACUGAGUCCAAGUUGAUUGUUGUUGAUGUGACGGUUCUAAAAAAUCAUGUUAACUAUACUUUGAGCAGAGUGGCACUAUGUUUUUGACUUGAUGCUGAUAUAUAUUGCCCCUUCUCUGUUUUAUUGUUGUAUUUUGGAAUUUUGCACUUGUUGGGUGCUGGAUAAACACGUUUUAUAAAGUUGCACAAAUAAAUGCUGCUGCUGUUUUAUGCAUUGUAAUUUGUUGUUUUUUGAUGCCACUCAAGUUUGGUCAGGAUAUUGUGUAAAUUAGACACAGAAAAAUUAUGGCAACAAAGUGACAUUCAAUAUUAUUGAAUAGAUUUUUAAACUUUUAAAUUUAAAAAUUUAAAAGUUUUUAAAUUUAAAGUUUAAAAACUUUAAAUUUAUCAAUUAUUUUAGCGACAGAUAAAUAAGAACAACAGUGUUAAUGUGUUGAAUUAAGCAAUAAUGUGCUACAAUAUGAGUUGAUAUCAUUUAUAUUAUUUACUUAAUCCAAAUAAUUUUUAUGCUGAUGUUUAGUAAAUCUAAAUCAAUUUCACCCAUUUAAUUAAUAAAUAUAAGUUAAUUUCACCUAGAUUAUCAGUAAAUAGGAAUCAAUUUCCCCCAGAUAUUUAGUAAAUCUAAAUAAUUUUUGCUCAGAUACUUAGUAAAUAAAAAUAGGUUUUCCUUGUAAAAUUGACUUGGAUUUACUAAAUAUUUUUGGGCAAUAUAACUUAUCAUUUGGCUUGAUAUUACUAAAUCCAACACAUUUCAGCUGUUGCUUUUAUUAAGAUGUACUUAAUUUUUUUAAGUUAAGUUAACAUAUUCAAUACUUUUUAAUCAAAAUUGUAUAACCUAAAAUCUAUUCAAUUAUAUUACGUGUAACUUUGUUGCCACAAUUUUUUUAAGUAACCAUUGGUCAAAUUUUUCUCAGUGUGUUACAGUGAUACCUUCACACUACUUAUUAAGUUGAUCCAACUCAUGAAAACUAAGUUGGCUCAACAAACAUCC